GUAGGGCGUGUAGACCCCUGGCACCUCCCUCGCCGCUGUCAUGCCCCCAAUGUGAUCACGAAGCACCUGAGUUGGAUGAGCUAUGUCAGCAUCUACGUAGCCAUUUGCCUGGCCCAGUCCUUCCCCGUCGGCGCCGUGCACAGCUACACCCGACGGACGAUGGGGGAGCUGGCGCCCGCGGCCUGGAUGCAGGCGACGGCAGACGCGAUGCGCGCCUUUGGGGACCAUGCCUCGGAGGAACAAUCAGUGAAGCACGCCAAGGGCCAGGGCGAGAAGGGCGGGAAGGACGGCAUGACCGCGCUCGUCCUCCUCCUCCUCACCAAGCGGUGCCUCUCCUCGUCGCGCGAACUCGCGAACCUCGCGGGCACGGUGUUCCAGACGUGGGAGCUCGCCGAAUCGGGGGGAGGCAUCACCGAGAUCAUGAUCCAGUCGGGCAUCAAAUGUGGGGCCGCCGCUUCGCUCUACCUCAUCAACACCGCGGCGGUUUUCCUGGACGGCAAACCAGAGUACAUCGAGGGCGAGAAUAAGAAGUUUCACGAGUACGUCACGAAAUACGCCCAGGCGGCGGAGCCGACGACGGUGGGCAAGCUUGUGCUCCACUUCCGCUAUCGGGUGUACAAGGGCAAGAAGAAC